AUGGACUCCGAACAUUUUGGAGGUCGUACUGACGACGACCUCUUCGCCGACGACUUCGAGCCCGUAGCGCCCGAGGAGCAGGUCGCGACCAUGUCUACGGAAACAGGAACGCCCGUACAAGACACGGACAUCACGAGUCAUGCUUCCCCUGCCGUGGAGUCCCCUCAACCGUUGGAGUCAGCGCCUGUCCAGAAGUCUACCCCCGCGCCUCAAGCACCCAAAGGACUUGCCAACUCGCGUCACGCUCCCAAAGGUCUUGAGAAGCAACCACGCAACAACAAUCGUCACCCCAAAGCCAACAACAACGUCAACAACAACGUCAACAACAACGUCAACAACAACGUCAACAACAACGUCAACAGCAACACCGGCAACAACAGCGCGACACAGUCUCAACAACAGCAGUCCACCUCCAGCACACCUCCCUCCGCCCCUAAAGAAUUUCGCGAGAAAGAAGCCAGGGAUAAGGAAGCUGGCCGUAACACUGCGAGUGUCUCAUCGGCCGCUAGAAUUGGUUCCGGCGCGAACCCACGCACCAAACUUACUGAAGACGAACUGGCAGCCAAGAUGGAGAAGAUGCGUAUAAUGGCCGCUGAGAAAACUAAGCGUUUCGAACAAGCCCAACGUGACGAAAAUGAGCAUGCUGCCGCCUACGCUAAGGGCAUGGAAGAGGAUAGGAAACGUCGUGCCGAGCAAGCGGCCAAGAGGAAGGCCGCCGAGGAAGACCGCAAGAAGAUGGAGGAGGAGCGGGAAAAGAACCGUGAGCGCAAGAUGCGCGCCAUGGGCGCUAAGGAGGGCGGCUCUUGGGACGAGGGCAAGGAGGAGCGCAUGAGAGAGGAGGACCGAAGAGGCUACAGGGGUGUUAGGGGGGUUGCAAACACACAAUCGUGGGCGCAAGAUCCGGCUGACGGCAAUGAGCAGGGAAACGGUUACCGUGGCGGACGUCGUGGGGGAAGAGGAGGAUUCGGUGGCGGAAGAGGUCGUGGGGGAGGUGAUGGGUAUGGAGGUCGUACCCUUUUCGAGCCGGACCCGGAGAACGAGACUGGUCAGCGUUUCUAUCAGCGUGACAAUAACCGAAACCGCGGCAGGGACUGGAAGGCGGAUGGCCCAGCGGCCCCUCGUGCUGAACGCUCCGGGCCUGGGUCUGGUGCACCAAAAGCCGACAAACCGAAGUUGACCCCUGACGAGUUUCCUGCACUCCCCGGCAGCAAAGCCACUGCACCGCAAGUCAGCACAAGCGCCCCCCUAUCCUUUGCUUCCUUGCCCCUCUCGCCUGCUGUGGGCAGAUGGGAUGAUGAGGUGGAAGAAAGUAUCUCGAAAAAAGCAGCACAGGCAAAGGAGGCGGCGAACGCGCAGGCGAAGUCAAAGGAAAACUAGAAACCUUCUUAUGCGCGGCCUACCUUCGCUUCAACC